AUGUCGCGCCUACGUCGCCCGGUAUGCGAUCCCGAACUGGAUGGCGAUGAACAAAAGCCCGAGUGUUCGCAAUGUCGCAAAGGUGGCCGUGAGUGUCGCCCGAGUGAGGGAAUCAUCUUUCGUCAUCAACAGAAUGCGUCAAUGAAUACAAAUGCCGCCGCUCAGGAAGGACGUGGGGAUCUCAAAGGCUUUUUCUCGUAUAAGGACUCCUUCGACAAGGAUAGCGUCUGGCUGGAUAUUCCUAAACACGUCAUCUUUGUUGACAACUCCGACCCAUACGCAACCGACCUCGAAACCUCCCUUGCCGAAUCGAGUGCCUUGGCGUUGGCGCAAUCACGGAAUCAGAGAUGGGGGAGCGGCUCACGAGCCAGCGAUGCGGAUUCACACGGGUUGGAGGCUCUCUCGGCAGUCGCUAGCCAUGAGCGAUUCCCUUAUUCGCCUCACUCCGUGCCGGACAGCAUAUCAUAUCCAUCUCCGAACCGAUCGCGAAGCAGCGCGAUGCCCCCUCCGACGUCCCCACCCUUGUCGCUCUCGAGUAACAAUAACGCAAACACAAACAUCAACUUCCUUUUAAACCCCGCCAACUCAUUGUCUCCUCCUGUUGAUCCACUCGGACAUAUUGCCGGACAACGGAGCGCCUCCCUCCCUUCCCGGCCUGCCAUAGCCGCGACCCACAGAGCAGUCGAAAUUCGUGUAGAUGGGGAUGCGGAGACGGAUUUCGAGAUAGCCUUCUUGAUGCGACAUUAUUCAGAGGGCCCGGGAUUAUGGAUGGACUUGUUCGAUCUGGGGACGUACUUCGCUUCGUAUGUACCAGUACGAGCAAGAUCAAACCCUCUUCUCAAAUACGCCGCCUGUGCAUAUGCAGCGAAACAAUUGGGCCGGGUAAAAGGCGCCAAAGCAAAAAUGGGCGGGGUUUGUUCACGUCAAGCAAUCAUGGAGACGUGGCCAGACAAAGAUAAAGAUUUUAUCUGGCAUGGGGCCAAGUAUUAUGAAAAGGCUAUUCAGCUUCUGAUGAAGCAGCUCCAGCCUGAUGCCGAGAGUUCACCAUCUCUAGGUGGAACGGAAAGUCAUGAAGAUGUAGAUAACCCGCGAAAACGCCGACGCAUGUCUGAUAGUCGGGGCUCGCAUGGUGUUUACUCCGAUGAAGUGCUUGCCGCGACGGCUAUCCUGUCGGUAUAUGAAUUCCUCGAUGCAACUGACCCCGCAUGGAAUCGUCAUUUGAGCGGCGUGAAGUCUUUGCUUGACAUGGCCGAAGUUGGCAUCAUGCCUCCAGGUCAUCGUCCGUCAAGUGGGGAUAAUCGUUUUGCGCAGAUGAAGAAGUCGGGUCUCUCCAAAGCUCGUCGGGCAACCUUUUGGAACUUUGCGCGACAGGAUUAUCUGGCAGCUUUCAUCAACGAGUGCCAUACACGGCUUAACACAGAUGACAUCUUCCUUUGGACGGAAGCAGGCCUGCAAAUCGACCACAGAGGUUUCCUCCUUCCUAGUAAUAAUGACGCAGCAGGAUAUCCCGAAGGCGACGAUGUGAUGAAAGAAGAUAUGAUCUGCAAUGGUCUUGUAUGGAUUUUGUCCAAGAUCGUCAACCACAUCAGUUCCGGGGAUAACAUAAUGAAUGAUGCCCGGUCCGACGGUGGGCCGCUCGGAGUCUCACAGCAGUUUCUCUUGGAACGGUGGAUGCGACUCGAGUCGGAGCUCGAUGCAUGGUACGGUGGACUCCCAGACACAUUUCAACCCUGUGCGCGGAUUGAGCCAUCCAAGAUUGAACAUUAUAAGCCGGCCGAAGAAGCAGCCGACCUUGAAACUUUGCAAGAGGUCUGGCAUAGUUUGCCCAUGUGUGCGUCGAUCAUGCAACAUUACCACAUGGCGCGCAUACUGCUCUUAAUCAACAAGCCGCAUGAAUCAACGGGUCGUCGGAACACCAUCGCCCUGCGGCUGCAGUCAUACCGGUCAAUUGAGGCCGAAAUUGGGUUCCAUAGCCGAGAGAUCCUGGGCAUUGCCCUCUCCCGACCCGAUGGGAGCGUAAGAAUCAAUUCGCUGCAGCCACUCUUUGUUAGUGGUCAAUGUGUGACCGAUGCGCGCGAGCGUCGUGUUGCGAUUCGCAUGUUACGCGCCAUCGAGUCAGACCUUGGCUGGGCCACCGAGUAUCGCGUCCAGCAACUCUUGAAAGAAUGGGGAUGGACUGAGAACUCUCUGGGAACAGGCGGAUGA